AUGCUUCCUCCCUCCGGCUCCUUGCUCCAUCAACUACAGAAACUUGCAGAAACAAGAGCAGCCGCUCAAAAUCAAACGAGGGCGUCACCUCCACCUUCAUAUUCAAGGAGUAAUUUGAUUGACAAGGAUGAGCCGGAAGAUGCUGAUGAUGGCGACAAUGGCGAUGAAUGCAUGCCCUGGGAGUCUGUUCCUAGCAACGGCAACCGUCACCACCACACCCCCGUUAACAUCCAUAUCGACGCAUCGAUCAACGUGCGAGGGAAUGACAACACCUUAAUCAUACCAUCUGUGGCAGGCCCACAGCAAGACAACAACCCUACGACAUCUUCCUCGCUACCAAGUUCUACGAUGCAGCAGCAGCAAUCAGCACAGCGACAUCGCCAGACCAAGUUAACGGGCAUGGCGACGUCCAUUAUCACCGCUCUUGGCAGGGCCAGCCUCCUUCACCUGACCAAAGACGGAUCUUCACCCGUAGAAAUCAAUAUUAACUCAGGAAUAAAGAUCGAAGGAAGCCGAAACGUCAUCUGCCCGGGUAACAGCCUCUCCCCCGGCCGUUCUCUCGCGAAUCGAAAAUAUGUCCAGAUUAGUGGAGUGGGGAGCUUACAUGAGAUGGACAGAAAGAGACGCGCCGACUUAGUACGUCCUUCCUCGCCAGUAGAGCACCUUGAUUAUGAGGAAUUUAUCCGUUUAGAGGCACAACGUGUUCCUGAUGCUUUACAUGCAGGAGCCACCAGAGAUUCCCCACGCAAAAAGAGUGUGAUGUCCGAUGCAUGA